UACAUACCCUACUUCCUCAAAACCCUAUAUACUUCCAACUUAGCUUACUUCCUUUGCUUCAACCUUAUAACUUAUAACCUCACUCAUUUAAUUUAUUCUAUUCACUCCCUAAAUCAUGCUUCAUAUUAUUAUUUAGUAUCUCUUCUCUUGUUUUCACUUUACUUAAUUACCCUUUUAUCCUACAACUUGUAUAAAUCACCAAAACCUCUUGUUCUUGUUCUUCUCCCUCUUCUUCAUUUUGAAUUUUUUGAUAUGGAGGGGCAAGCAGCUAAACGGAGGCGCGUGUACUCGAUUGAACCCAAGAAAGUGGUAGAAGAAGCAGUGUUUACAAGGAAUUACAUGAACUAUUUGGUUCCGGCAUUGAUGAAGAUCAAGGCGGGAAAAAGGAGUAGCCAUUGUUGUGAGAUUCAGAAUGUUGUGAAGCAUGAAGUGGACAUGGCAAUGGUGUUCUCGGCACAAGGUUUUGCAUGGAGUAAUGCUCUCAAAGCCAACCUUCAAAGGUACCAAAAUGAACAUAGUAGUAGUAGUGGUGGUCCAAUAAUAACUAGUAAUAAUAAUAAUAACCCUAGUAAUAGUAGUUCAAAAUCCAUCAAGUAUGUUAAUAAGGACAUAAAAGGAGAAGAAUAUGAAGAUGGGUUUAUCAAUAAUAAUAAUAAUAAUAAUAAUAAUAAUAAUAAUAAUAAUAAUAAUAAUAAUAAUAAUAGCAAGUUGAGGUGCUUAAGAAGGUUGAUACCCGGUGGAGAAGAUAUGUGCAAUGAACAAAUGGUUGAAGAAUUAGAGAGCUAUAUAAGCUGUUUGAAAAUGCAGGUCAAUGUUCUUCAAUACCUUGCAGACAAAAAUUGUUGAUUUUAUUUAAUUUAUAUAUAUCAUCUUUUUGUUAUAUAUUGUUUUCAUGUUAUAUUGUUUUAUAUAUUGUAUUGUAUUAUUGCAAUUUGAAAUAUGAGCCAUAUUGUAAAUAUAUACUUUUAAAGUUGUUUAUUAAGGUAUGUAUUAGAUGGGAAAAGAAAAGUUGGAGGAUCGGAGAGUUUGGGGUUCUCCAAAUUCCCCACUGCAAUGAAGAGAUUGUUCUAGCUUGUACUUUAUUUUUUACUUUUGAGAAAAAUACUAAUUAUACAUGAUAA